AAGAGGGUAAGGAGAAUGCUACUGUUACACAGAUCUCAUCGAUCAAAAUACGGUUUUCAUGCGACUCUGAUACAUAUGUGUGGUUAAAGUACUGUUUGGGCAUUGAACUGUCUGGAAAUCUUAUCUACGCAACGUUGUAUGAUUUGGAGCAGACAGCUGUUGGCAUAACAUCUGGCUGUUUUGGCAUUGUAGCCGAUCUAACAAAAUUACGAGCAGAAGUGCGUUGUAUCAAUGUUUACAUGCCACAUAAUAAUAUUAUCCGCAUGAUCGACUUCUUUAUAGGUGAUGGUUUUCAUACUGUUUUGCUAAUUAUAAGUACGAUGCAGUAAACAAAUUGUAAUUAUGUCGAACAUGAAUACGUAUUAAUGUCCGAUGCUGUUAGCUGACUUUCUUUAUUACUGUACUUUAUAAUAUUUUCCUUUAACUUUUGCUACGGAUGCGUUAUUCUGUGGCCAUCGCAUGAUCCUAUAUUUCUCAUGGUGACAGGCUCCAUAGAACGCUGUCAGAAUUAGUACUGAGCAAAAAUGAAAUCUGGUGCUUUUACUGUUUUCUUGUGUAAAUGCGUUGCAACAAUGACGCUUGUUGCUUGUUCGCAAGCGAUUGUAAUACCAUCCCGGACCGCCGAACAAAACCUUCUAGAUCUAGUUUCCGGAUUUGAUGGCGAGGAUCCUGCGGAGAACACGCCGAAAAGCAAUCGGUCUUUCGUGGUUGGCAAGUACUGCUUUUUAAAAGAUGGGCAACCAUUUCGUUACGCUUCAGGAAGCUUCCAUUAUUGGCGACAGCCACAGGAAUAUUGGGAGCAAACUUUUCUCACUAUGAGAGCUGCUGGAUUAAACGCUAUUCAGACCUAUCUGAACUGGGCACUGCACGAGCCGGAACCCGGCGAAUACCGCUUUAGUGGUCAGCUGGAUAUACUGAGAUUUGUCAAGUUGGCACAAAAGCAGAAUCUUUUGGUAAUUUUACGCCCUGGACCGUUCAUCGAUGCCGAGGUUGAUAUGGGCGGAUUUCCGUACUGGCUGUUGCGGGAAAACCCUGGCAUGCAGUUACGAUCCAGUGACCCGACGUAUAUGAAAUUUGUCCAGCGUUGGUAUAGCGUAGUUCUUCCAAUGUUACGUAGCAUGACUUAUGCAAAUGGAGGUCCUAUCAUUUCCGCUCAAAUUGAAAACGAAUACGGGGCCACUGGGAUUAAUGACGCCAAGUACAAGCAGGCUCUAAAAAAUUGGACACAAACUUUCUUAGGCCCGGACAUUGUUUUAUUCACCACAGACAACAAUCUUGACUGGACAGUCAAGAAUGGGCAAAUCGACGGUGCUCUGGCAACGGUGGAUUUUGGAGCCGGAUCGGACGUCAACGAUGCGUUCCGUAUCGAACGGUUAUACAAUAUUGACGGCCCUCUAGUUAAUAGUGAAUAUUAUCCCGGUUGGUUAGACCACUGGGCGGAACCAUUUGCAUACGUGGAUUACAAAAAAGUUGUCAAGACAAUGGAAGAAAUGCUGUUGAUGAACGCUUCAUUCAACGUAUACAUGUUCUAUGGUGGAACCAACUUUGGUUUCUCGGCUGGAGCGAACGCACAAGAUUUCAAUUUUCAGCCCAUAACAACAUCCUAUGACUACGAUGCCCCGAUUUCCGAAGCCGGUGAUGCGGGCAGCGAAAAAUUUAUGGCUAUACGCCAGCUGCUGGCAAAGUAUAUGCCAGACCCACCUGGACCAAUUCCGCCGCCGCGAGAAAAGGCAGCGUACGGCAAACUUCAAAUGGAAUACAAAGGGUCACUUUACCAUAAUCUGGAAUAUUUGGUGCCGAAUGGACCGGUUAGCGCCGCUUUGCCACUGGCAUUCGAAGAUCUCCGGCAGCCAUACGGCUUUGUUCUCUACAGAACAACCAUAACUUCAGCCUUCCGUGAUCCAGCGCUGCUUUUAAUUAAUGAAUUACACGAUCGCGCCAUAAUAUUUAUAGACAAAAAUCCAGUCGGUGUAAUGAGUCGCAGUAUUAAUAUUAAUUUCCUACCGAUCACCUUACGCCCGGGCUCCGUGUUGGAUAUUUUAGUGCACAACGAAGGGCGGGUAUGCGUUGGACCAUCCAUGAAUUACGAGCGAAAGGGCAUCAUUGGCAAUGCUACUCUGGAUGGUCACAUCCUGACCCCCUGGAAAAUGUUUCCUUUGCAAUUACCUUCAUUUCCAGUCACAUCUCCAAAGUCUUUAAAGCUGAAAGACGACAGUGAAGUCCGCUUGCCGAGGCAUGACGGGGGUUUUACACUGCCGAGUUUUUUCAGUACACAUUUUGUGAUCGACGAAGCCAAAGACACAUUUCUGGACAUGACCGGUUGGCGUAGUGGUUACGCAUUUAUAAACGGACGAAAUCUUGGCCGGUACUGGCCAGUCCAGGGUCCUCAGAUAACGUUAUAUGUGCCUGGGGUAUACCUCAAUGCGAAUGCAAAAAAUACUCUGGAUAUUUUCGAGUUGGACGGAGCACCUUGCAGCGAAGGAAGUGGCACCUGUGCCGUCAAUUUUGUCACUGCCCCAAUUUUAAACGGAACAGUGCCGAAUUUUCGUAGAAGGAAAUUGGUUUUAAGAAGAAAAGAUUAAGCCAGAUUGUGAUCGACGACAUUUUUGCAACUUAUCGCUGACGGUUCUUUAUGUUAGAUUAUUGUGUGUUUGACAAGAUCAGCUCUUAAUUCACGUAGAGACGUAGUAUCAGUAAAGACCUGCAUUGG